ACGGCAGACAGGCCAAGCGACACAGGGUCUAGCUCCACCACCUCGUCCUCCACCCGGGGACACGGGGGUCUCUUGGGGGUCUCAUAUCUAUCUUCAGAAAUAAACCAGCAAGUUAAGACCCCUUUCAUUGACCGCCCAAGACUAUCUCUGUUACGCUUACAUCUAGUGGCUUGCGUGGUCACUUAUGCUUACAUCUGAUGGCAGCGGUGAUCAAGAACCUCACAACGGCUUACGCUUACAUCGGUGGGAUCAAGAACCUCUCAACGCCUUACGCUUACCUCCUCGCCGACGCCGAUUCAUGCUAUCUGCCUACAAGCUACUACUGUCGAAGUGCCUCCUCGCCUCCUUUAACGUCCAGCCAUCCCUACCAAAUCUUCUUUGCACCAUGUCUACCCUGCUACUUUGUGCUGACCACUCACGUCUGUGCUACCCUCCUGACGAAGUCGCUGACGGCUCAUCUACCUCGCCAAGUCUUCGCGAACCUUCGUCAGCACAACCAUGGAGCCGCCAUUCUACUCAGCACCACCAAUACUUCCUAGCUACUAUUAAAACUUCUGAAGAUGAUUGACCCUCCUCGCUACUGAAUGUUGUACCUCAGUGCGAAACCUCCACCGCACCCGCUACCUUGGCACGCGACGACCCAAGCGACCAUCGGAUCACCAGGAACCAUCUGUAGAUACCUAACAGAACCUGUAUCUCUAUGUGCUACUGCAAUGUUCAUGCGUUGCAGACGGCUCGAGGACGAGCCUUACGCGCGGCCGAGCGAUGUGAACAAUACGUAGCAAGACCGGAUGGCAGAUUCACACCUCGGUCCAAGCAAAUGCCUUUCUCCUUGCGCAGGAUGCAGGUGCUGCCCUCCUUUCUCUUUUCACACAGGAAUAAACAUCCGCCCUCCAAGGAAACCGCCGCAUAAAAGGGCACGUGUCUAAGACACAGGGGAACAGAAGGAGACACGGCAGACAGGCCAAGCGACACAGGGUUUAGCUCCACCACCUCGUCCUCCACCCGGGGACACGGGGGUCUCUUGGGGGUCUCAUAUCUAUCUUCAGAAAUAAACCAGCAAGUUAAGACCCCUUUCAUUGACCGCCCAAGACUAUCUCUGUUACGCUUACA